AUGGAGAGCUUCAGAUUGGGGAUUUCAUGGUCGGACCCUACCUGUCGGAGGCUCGUUAUUCCAACCGCCCGGGGAGAAGAAGCAGCACUACCGCGAGCGUCCACGACAUCUGUACAAGAAUUAUGGAAACAGAUCUUAAAGGCUGAAGCAGCUCGACUCGAUCUCGAAAACUGGAAGAAAGACCAAGAAGUCACCACGGAGGAUGUCAGAACAGCAGCUUCCCUCAUUCUGAGACUGAUCUCUGCCCGCCCACUGUCCCCGAACCUUGCCAAACCGUGCCUCGUCAUUGGUGAUUUUGCGUGGCGUAAUAUCAUAUGUAACCCGACUACGGGUCGUGUUAUCGGCUUCAUCGAUCUACAAGGGGUGGCUGUCUUGCCGCGAUUCAUGCCUGCGCGAUAUCCGGACGACAUCUCCUCCACCCAUAGUACAACAGACCAAUGGUUAACGACGACGGGCGGUUUUCCCUGGGUGCCACCGGAUGAUACUUUACAAAUAAUGGAAGCACCCGAAUGUGGCCAGGAAGGUGUGGAUUGGCAGGCGGGACUUCGCAAAGCGAUGAAAGAAGAGCUGGUCUAUCGCAAGGAAUUUCGGCUGCAUCUCUCGAGGAACCAUCCGCUCUUCCAGGAGCGCUUCUGGAGAGAGGCGCAGCAUCCCCUCAAAUUACAUUUUCUCUUGGUCUACGGGAUCUAG